AUGCCUGCUGCACGCAAGAAGAAGGCCACGUCAGUCAAAAAAACAUCAGUAGAGCACGCGUACACGCCCACGUCGUCGGUCUCGACCUCGGCUCCAGCCAAGCGCUCAACGCGCCAACGCACCACCGCCGAAGCGGACGACUCGGACCUAUCGUCAGACGAUCAGGCGUAUGCCCCCACCUCUCCGGUCGCAGCCCCAGUCACGUCGACCCGCUCGACACGUAGGCGGACCAAAUCGGUGCCCGGUUCAGCGGCAGCGGCGGAGGAUGACGCGGCGGGGCGAGGCGGGAAGCACGCGAAGGAAGUCUACAAUACCCUCGAGAUCAGAGGCAAGAUCUUUGAUUUGCUGGAUAAGGGCACGUUGGCGGGGAUGCUGAGGCUGGAGAAGGCGGUGACGGCGAGCGUGGCGGAGGUGUUGUAUCAUACUAUCCCCGCGGGAAUAAUCACAAGGAUGAGCAGAGCGACUGCCAGACGCGUUACCUACUGCGAUGCCGUCCGGGUCAUCGAUAAGAACGCCCCUUCAUCCAUCGACGAUAUCUACCCCCACAAGCGGUCCCGCGCCCGAUUCAACCCCGUGGUCUUCGAUGCCAAGAGCUGCCUCAGGGAGAUCACGCUGUGGAAGAAGAAGUACCCUCGGUUGACGACCAUCCUUCACGACCGCGCAUCAUGUCUCAAGGGCUACAAUUUCAGGGAUGAGUUAUACACCAUCUCCGUACUGGACGAGACGCCCAAAGUCCACCUCGAAACGCAAGUCAGGCUCAGCUUGUGGCCUGAUGAUUUCCUCGAUCACGCGGUGCCGACCCUACCUCCGUCUCCCGCACAUGCAGGUUUCGAGGUCGCCCACACCAUCGCACUCGACAUCCAAGAGCUGGGAUAUACGUCGGACGCAGAUCGGUUAGCGACCCGGAGCCGGUGCAGGUCCUGGUUGUUCGAGUCCGAUCUCGAUCGGCGCGUCACCAGCAUCAUAGUGGGCGAUGGCCUCCUCCGCGCCCUCUCGUUCGACGAGGCCAUUGCCUUUAUCGCUCGCCGUCAGCGGGACGGAAACGUACCGUUGCGGGGAUUCUCCUCGCGAUGCGUCGAAAUGCUCACAGAAGAACAACUCGGUCAAAUCGUACGUCUGCUCGGUCCGGAGACCCGGAACCUCGCGCUUGAGGCGGUAGAAGGCGUAGCCUGGUACGACAUUGUCGAGCUGUGCGCCCAGCACUGCCCUUCCUUACACACCCUCGAGAUCAAGUCCCGCGUCCCGUCGUCGUACUCGACGAGCCCCGUCCUCUCUGGUUUGCCCCACCUGCGGAUCUUGAAAUACGGCGGGCCUGGAUCGGCGGAAUCCCUCACUCGCGCUCGCCAGCUUUAUCGGCUCGGGUCUCGCGAUUGCUUGUACCAUAAUGAGCGUCAGCCCGACGCACUCGCCGGGAGGGCGUUCCAUGAGGUGAUCCGGAAACUCCAGUCGUCUCGCCCAGAAUACGCUGCCCUUCACACACUCAACGCUCAAAAUCUCGAUCUUGAGGACAUACAAGCAGUCGCAAGGUACUCCCUUCCUCCGGCCGGCGAGACCACUCACCGUGGUGCCUGGAUCGAAACGGCGUCACAAGUCGCCAAACUUGAGACUGCGCAGACCCGCUUCGAUACCCUCGUCGAGACACAGACGGCGGCGAUGAAGCGAUACCGUGACCUGCUGCACGGGACGGUGGAUGGUCUGGCGGCGGCGGAGGGGGAUCAGCAGGCGCAGAAUGAGGUGUUGAAGGCGAAGUAUGGGAAAGUGGAGAAGCGACACAAGGCGGCGAAAGAGGCGUGCGAGGCGGUCAAGGGGGUUAUGGGGGAGAUGGACGCGGCGAUGGUGGAGAUGAAGACGUAUGCGGCGCGAUGGGUCGAGAGGGAGAAGGCGAAAGACAAGGCGAAGGAUACGGCCAAGGACGGUUCAGCUUAG